AUGGCGCACAAAACCAGCAAAUCGGCCGGCUGGAGUUUCAAACCGCCGAGACAGGAACUCAAUCUGAUUCAGUACACGUGUCAGGUGGAACCACUCGAUGUCCAAUUGCUGAAUCAUCUUAGAGAACAGGUAGGGAACUUGUCUCCGUUAAGCCUUCAUUCCAAUUAGAAAAGUGAGCUUAGUUAACUGAACAUUUGCAUAUUAUCUUUGAUCAUUUGCUCACUUCCUGCUUUCCGCGGGGGCGAUUGUCUUUCCUCCGAAUAAUCAGAAAGACAAAGAAGAACUUGCCGAAACGAACGGCUUAGGCCUAUUUCACAAGCACAGUGUUUCACAGGUUCAAAGCAGAAAAAGUGGAACGACUGCUUUUUUUCAGGCUCAGAACACCGAAGACUUGUCUGUUCUCUUCAACAUCCUUCCACCAGUCGAACAGUUGAUUUCUGAGAUACCGUAUACUUUGCCGCUUUUAGAAGCAAUUUACUUGAAAUGCGAACUGGUAAGCGGUUCAACCAUAGAACGUUUUUAUGAGAACUUGUGUUUCAGAGAACUGUCGAAGAUGGAUUACUGUUGCCCACGAAAGAACUUUGCUGCGAGCAAUUGUUCUGCCAACUGGUUUGGUGGACGGCGUUUUGCGAGCAGAGUAACACUUCGAGUGCCAAGAAACAUUGUGUCAUGUUCACGGUAAGCGAUUCAUGAUUUGUUCUGUUCUUCUUCUUCUUUUUCCUUCUUCCUUGUGCAAAUCGGUGUUUGCGUUCUUUUCUUCCUGGAGUAACUUGAAGAAAACACCCGUCAAAAUGGCAUUUGCUUCUCUCGCUCUCUCUCUUCUACUUCUUCUUCCUUUCAUGGACCGAAUUGCUCUCUUGUGUGAGAGCUGAGAGAAGAUAAUCAAAUAACGUUUCUGUGACGGCGCAUCCCCACCCAACAAAACUUGACAAAAAGGAAAAAGAAUAGGAAGGGCUCGUUUCAGGAUUUUCAACCAUGCAUUGCCUCCCUAAUGACCAUUAUCGGCCGACAAUGCCCAGACUUGGUGAAGAGAGCGCAUGAGGAUCGAAACCAACUGAAAACAUGUUUGGAGAGUCUCGGAUGCCACGGGCUCGUUAAUUGCUCUUCCGGCUUAAUUAGGUUCGUCAUAGUUUAGAGGUAUUGGAUGGUGAUCAACAUUUUCAGAAUGACUGAUGCGGUUCAUCUCGAGCUGUUGAAACAUGUUGAGAAUCUGAAAGUGAUCUGCACACAAAUAAAGGAGCUUCAACACGAUCCAAAGUCAAGUGCGCCUGACCCAUCUUGUGAAAGUCAUCAAAGACAGAUGAGCAUGAGACUAUCGCAGGUCUUCGAGCGCUUGAAACUUAACGAAACGUUACAAUGUGUUCUUGAAGAGACUUUUCAAAAUCAACAUGUACGUUGCGUUUGAGAUUAAGAAAACAUCAGCAUAACACUUUUACAGUUGGCAUCUCUUUUGAGAAUAUGCCGAAAACGUGUCGGCUCUGAUAAAUUGCUCAUCGGAUUGUUCAAUGCAUUUGCAAGAGCGGCUCCGGAAGACUUUGCUCUCCAGCAGAUGGAUCCAAUCGUUGCCCAACUCAUUGUUGUCUUUAAUAAUUCAUAUAAUAAGGUAAACAGGAACUAAAAGUCAGAUUUGCACGCCAUCGAAAAGGUUUCAGCUGCUGCAAAUGUGUCCGGACGAUGUGAAUGCAACUCGUUUGUCGUCGGGAUCGUCGACUUCUUCUGUUUCUCAAGGAACACCUUCUCUGAGUAAUGAAAUCUGACAAUAUUUGAAAGAAAUUGUUAUUUUCAGCAGAAAAGUAUUCUCUGCGAUCUUCAGAGAACUCCAUUCAGUUUGACAAUCUCAAACAAGAAGUUAGUUUCCAAAUAGUUCUAAAAAUUAAAUGGCAUGAAAUUUAGAUUUCAAAACUUCGGAAGGAGCUCCGUGUCGCCAAUUACACUAUCACUCAACUGCGUGAAAAGUCAGAAGAAGAUCUGGUAAUCAAAGAGAGGUUAAUUCAAAUUUGCUGAAUUUUUUCAUAUAUUUGAUUUUGUUCAGUUCUCUCCCUCUUCCCGACUACCCAGAAGCCACCGCCUAUUAUAGUUCUUCCGCGAAAGGCAAUCUGAGUCAAUUAGUCACUCGAUUCGGAGAAUUGUUCAUUUUUGCAAGCAACGUGAGGAACAAAACUUGAUUCCUUGCCUCGACACACAUUUACUUUAGGAACUGAGAGACUCAUUGGAUACUCUGCCGGAAAUGGAAGGGGAAGACGACAUGCAAGCUAUUUUCGGCCACGAAACUCUGAUAGCCACUUACAAUGCAGUCAAAGAAUACAUUGAGGAUAGAAAGUUGGCUGUUCUUAAAGCUUUGGGAUCUGGUUAGUAGUGACAGUCAAGAAUCGUGUUUGUAUACGGUUUUUGUUUCAGUGAAUAACAAUGCGAAACAGUCUAGAGAGCUCACAACUUUUGAGGAUGCUCUUGAUUCUCAACUUUAUAAAGAGUUCACAACUACUAAAACAGGGGGACACAUCAGUGAGGUGAGAUAAUAUCUAAAGUUCCUAAAGUAUACUAUAAAUUUCCAGGAACUGUGCCAGACAGUGUUCAAAAAGCUCAAAGACUAUCCUGGAAUCGACGAGUGUCUAAAUGUUCACCAGUUCAUCCAGAAGUGCAUACAAAUCUCGUGGGACAUUCAGUGCUGUCCUGAUCAAAAGUGAGUCAUCCCUGUCUUUUCCAGCCAGACUUGAAAGCCUUCCGUUUACAAAGCCUCCGCGGUUCGUCAUUGCGCGGAAUUAUUCAAACGGGGCGUUCAAAAAUGUAUCAACAAGUAGGCGCGAAGGAUAAAAUCGCAGCUGGCAAAAACGAAUUAUUGAUGAACGCCAAAAAUACAUGCAUUUCCGCAAAAACAUAUUUAGUCAUAGGAGGCGGAUUUAGGAGGCGGAUUUAAAAAUAUCGAAAAUUCACCUUUCGGUUACAUCAUCGCAAUUUUUCCAGCUUUUCGGUGAUAAAUGGACGAGCAUCAAAAGUUCGUGUCUCUUGACACCUGAAUAUCACAUGAGAAUGUAAUCAAAUAAUCAUACACCCACUUUCAUGUUUCAAGUGACUAAUCACUUUCUCAUGUUCUCUGUAAACCAACCGAUCAUGAUCUUCUAGAUUUUCCGGAAAUUGCGUAAAAAUGUUUGUUAUGAGAAGGACGUGCGUUCAGGAAAAAAGUUCAAGCGGAAAAAAAAGAAUCAAGACCGGAAAAAACAUCACGUUGUUUGGACAUUCUUGGCGAACACAUGAGAUACUCCUUCUUCAGAUUGAAAUUGGAAUACGAUGGAAUAGAUUUUGACCCAUCGCGCCAUUCCCGUGGAGCCUACUCCGGAACAACGAGCCACGUCGUCAACUUCAUCUGGCCCGCCCUAAUUGAGACUUUAGACAAUCGAGUCCUCCUGAAGGCAAUUGUUUUGACGUGA